AUGUUAAAUCUGUGCUACAUUUACUACCUCUCGAAACUGACCGAAUUUGCUGACACAAUAUUCUUUGUGCUGCGGAAAAAAUCGUCACAAAUAACGUGGUUGCAUGUGUAUCAUCAUUCGGUGACGCCACUGGAAACUUGGGUGUUAGUCAAAUUUUUGGCCGGUGGCAAUGCGACAUUCCCCAAUCUGCUCAACAACUUCGUGCAUGUUUGCAUGUAUUUCUACUAUAUGAUGUCGGCCAUGGGGCCAGAAUAUGCCAAAUAUCUGUGGUGGAAGAAGUAUAUGACUGAACUGCAAAUCCAGUGUGUACAAAAACUUGCGAUGGAAACUGGAAAAGUUACUAAGAAAAGCUAAUAACUAAAUGUAAAACUUGGCUUCGAGCGCAACGACC